AUGGCCGACAACGACGACUUGUGCCAAUCGUGCAAGGGUAUCAACAUCGAGGCCCUACGCCAGGAUGGAGGAUACAUCCACGCCGCAUCUGAUAACGAGCUGUACUCAAGCUCGGAAACAUGUCCCAUGUGCAAACUGAUUCAUGACUCUCUGAGAGGCAGCAAUGACAAGUCCUCCGAUGACCCAAACCCACCCGAUACGACCGUGGUGUGUCGGUUGAUGCAUUCCGAGGGAACCCAGGCUGUCGUCCAUGUCAAGACGGGAGCCCGCAAAGGAUAUAUACGUAUCUACGUCUCGAAAAUGGACGACCCGGCGGCGAACUUUGGCGUGCUCACCAAGCCCAAGAUGGAUGUCGAGACACUGGCAGGCUUGAGCGAUCUCAUCACAAAGGCCGCGCUCAUGCAGUGCCUUCAAGAGCACAAAUGCACUGAUCCGUACCGAAGGCCCGAAGCAGGCCCCGACUUGGCCACUGGUCAAGGGUCGGAGGACAAGAGAGGGACUCCUCUCGACAUGCUUCCUUCGCGGCUCAUUGCCCUCCAAGCGUUUGGAGAAGACGAGGCCGCGGAUGCUUGUCUCGUCGACAUCCCUCCCGGGAGCAAAGAGCCCGGCGACCCGGGAUUCUAUGCCGCUCUGAGUUACUGCUGGGGCCGCAACGUCGACGCUUUGUACAAGACCGAGACGGCAACCUUGAAAGACCGGCAGGAGCGCAUUCGCUUCGACGAGUUGCCCAAGACCUUUCAAGACGCCAUCCGCAUCACACGCCGGCUCGGCCUUCCGUACAUCUGGAUAGAUGCCAUUUGCAUCAUUCAGGACUCCGCAAGGGACUGGGAGCAGGAAUCCGCCAAGAUGGGCGGUAUCUACGCCUCCGGGACGCUGACCAUCGCCGCCGACAUCAGCGAGGGCGUGGAAGGCGGCAUCUUGGAUUUAGAGUUCGACGACGCUCUCGAACACCCGGGCAGCGUGAGGAUCACGAGCACCCUGAGCGAUGGGAAAGAGAGCAGCUUGGUGUUCUACCAUUCAUACAACAGCCCACCGGGGACGACCUGGACCCCGCCCGUGAUCGCCGACAGCCCUCUGUCACGGCGGGCCUGGUGCAUGCAGGAGCGCAUGCUCUCACCCCGCACGCUGCACUUCACCAAGCAAGGUCCGGUCUGGGAGUGCCGCGACAAGUACUUCAUAUACGCCCGGACGUCCACGUUUGACGAGAUGUCCGAUAUCAAAACCUUUGCCAGCGUGCCCCGCCUACUGUGCAAGGGCCUCAGCACCGAGGGACAAAUGUUGAAGAUGCCGGCGCUGGAGGCAAUGGGGUCUGACCCGAACAGCUUGUCCGACGAACACAUCGAGCUCAUAAACACCAUGUGGGAGACGGGCAUGCAGAAGAACUGGCGCGACCCGCCGGCGAAGCACGCAGACGGCGACAGGAUCCCGGAGCGAAGCGACGAGCAGCAGCAGGCCCAGUUCGUGGCGUGGUGGAACCGCAACGUCGUCGUGCCCUUCUCGGAGCGCCUCUUGACGUACGCCUCGGAUAGGCUGCCUGCCGUCUCUGGUAUUGCAAAACUGUUUGCCGAACACAUCAAGGCGCCGUACGCGGCUGGCGUAUGGCUGGCCGGGCUGGACGAGAGCCUGGAAUGGACGCGGGCGGGCACGACGUUCCACGACACCAAGCUGCCGGGCUUCCCUUCAUUUUCCUGGGCCUCGCACCCGGGUCCCGUCCGCUGGCCGUACCAGAUCGACUUGCGCGGUUACGGGCAAGGGUUCGAGGUCGUGGGCCACGAAGUGAAGCUCUCCGGGCUCGAUCCGCACGGCCGGACCGAGUCGGCCGAGUUGACUCUCCGCGGCCACCUCCGCCACGCCAACUUUGGCGCAAAUAUUGAGGAUAAGCAGGGUGGUAUCAGUGGGAUAGUGCUCGACGGAGAGGGCAAGACGAUUGGGAAGAUGGAGCUGGAUUUCAUGCCCGAUGAUGAGCAGCGCGCGCAGGGGGCGGAGGUGUUCCUUCUCUACAAGAACUCGAUCGGGUUCUUGCGGCUGCUUCUGCUGUCACCAGUAUCCGUGGAGGGAGACCCAAUCCCCAGGGCAUAUCGGCGUAUCGGUAUCGGCAUGAUCAACAGGAAAGACGCCGCCUGGCUGGAGGGGACCGAGAAGACGCUUGUCAAGUUGAUUUAG